UUUCCUUCGGGACACGGGAAUUAUAUUAAAAAAUAAAAUGAAAAAAAUAUCUAAUUAUUACUUAAAUUGUAAUCAAUUCAUAUAUUGAAGUAGUUCUACCACAACUUAUUGUUUCUUUGUUUUUAUCGAUAUAAUCUAAGAAACUGAAAGAUAAGUAAAAGACAAUAUGAUUAAUCAAAGAUCAACGUUUAGUUACUGUUUCACUUUAUAUCAUAAACAUUUCUUUUGCCGAUAUCAACAUUUACUUUUCGUGCACUAGGGUCCCGGUUGAGGGUGAAGAUAACUAAUGAACAUACAUCCAAACUCACACCCACACUCUCGAGAUAUAAUAUAUCGAUAAAUAUUACGUUAAAAGACGAGAUAGAAGUAGAUGUGUUUAGCUCACUUCGAACAGAUAUUUAUCGUUUAGAAUGGUUCACGCAAAUUGAUAUUUUAUUUACUUCCACGUUCUGUACAUCUAUAUAUCGAAAGAAAUAUUAUCGUCGACGACGUGCAACACGUGCAUUUGUUUUUGUCACUACUACGAAUUAACAUUGAUCUUCUUACUAGUUAAAUUGAGUUUAAAAUGAAACGAAAAAAUAGCAUUAAGGAUUAUAAUAAUAAUAACAAAAGACAAAGACGAAACAGUAAAAAUCAUCUUUUAUUUUUUUGUAAUUCUAUUUUAUUUUUGUAGAAACAACAAUUGACACAAAUUCGUCAGUCCACAAAACGAUUUCUUUGUUUUUAUUGAAUAUUUAUCUUUUCUUUUUUUAGUUUAUCGAAAGAAUCAAUUACUACUUUCGAAGAUCUUUCAAAUGAACUUCUUUAUGAAAUAUUUGAUUAUCUCAUUGAUUAUCAUGCAUUUCAAGCCUUUUGCUAUCUCAAUAAUCGAUUUCAAAAUCUUUUUCUUCAUUCAAAUUUUCCCAUUAAAAUUAAUAUUCGUGAGAUAUCAAAAUCAGAAUUCGAAUAUUAUUUAAAACAUAUUAUUAAACCCUGUACUAAGCGAAUUAAAUUAUUUCGAGUAUCGAAUCCAUGUAUUGAUCCAUGUUUGUUAUUAUUUCCGUUAAUGAAACAUUUAACCCAACUUACAACCCUUAUUUUAAAUAAGAUUGAAGCUAAUUAUAUAGAACCAAUUGUAAAUCAUUUAUCUUCUUUACCUGUUUUAUCUUCAUUGACUAUGAUAUCAAUUAAUAAGCUUAUCAAGAAAAAUAAUAUUUAUUAUAAACUAUUCCGUUUAUCCAAAUUAAAAUAUUGUCAAAUAUCAAUUGGAUUAUUACAAUGUCCAAAAUCAUUACUUGCUGCUACAAAUGAAUUUAGUGCUAUUGAAUAUCUUAUUAUUAAUAAUGGGAUUUCGAUUGAUCCACUUAUUAUUAUAUUAUCUUAUGUUCCACAACUACGUCGUUUAUCUAUUCAUUAUCUAACGGAAUCUAAAUAUAAUCGAAUAAAAAAAGAUUCAAUAAAUUUGAAUUAUUUAACAAAUGUUUCUAUUAGAUUACUUUGUGUUCCUUUUAAUCAGUUUGAAACUUUAAUGAUUAAUUAUUUUCGUCAAAUUCAA